UCGUUGUAGUCGUUGUUACUCCGUGGCGCAGGGUAGGGAGAAGCUUCGGCGUCGGUAUUAUAUUUAUGUAACCAUCCUGGCGCGCUGCUUCCAAAUACAAGCCAGUGAAAGCAUCGUCGGCAGCCGUCGAGCAACAAGCCGGUUUUUCCGUAGUGGCGAGAUGGGAGGUUGGUUGUCUUCUUAUUGGGGAUACGCAGGUGAUGAUGUUUUGGAUCCGGCGACCGGUCUUACCGGAAAACAAAAAAGACUUGUGACAGAAACAUGGGGUAUCAUGCAAAAGGAUUCACGUAGGGUAGCGAGAGCAAUUUUCAUGGAGUUCUUCAAUCAACAUCCUGAAUACCAGAAACAGUUCGCUGCAUUGAAGAACAUUCCUUACCAAGAUCUUCCGGAAAACAAAAGGUUCCAGGCUCACGGUGCGUCGGUAAUUAGCGCAAUUAAUGAAAUUGUGAGUUCAUUAUACGAUCCGGGACUCCUCGAGGCUACUCUAGUCGCCCUUGGUGAAAAACAUUUUAAACGAGGACAAACAAAAGAGCAAUUUCUCCAUCUGAAGGUAGUCUUGAUGUCAGUCUUCAGAGAAUUCGUUGGCUCCAGAUGGACAACGGAGGUGAACGAUGCAUGGAAUACGACUUUGGACGCGGCGUUCGGUCUGAUUUUCAAGGCCUACGCGUAAUGAUAAUUAACCCCAAUUCAUACAUUCAAUAUACAACACUCUUCGUACUCGUAGUACAAUAAUGAAUAUUCCGUUAUUUUUACUCUACGAUAACCCGAAGACGUUUUACGACGGAGAAAAAAAAGCAAAGAACAAAAAGAUCGAUGCUCUAUUUCAAUCGUUUUCCGCGAGGGUCGAGAAGUUUAUUUGAAAAUGGUUGGUGUAUAAAAGGGAUUUGUUAUAAUUUGCUGCGGCGCGUUGGGUGGAGUUGAAAAAAGAGCCACGCAGUUGCCUGUAAAUUCAGUUGAAAUAUAAUAUGUACGUUAUACUUCGUGGCCGUCACGAGUCAUCGUCUAGCUAUAUUUUACUGAUUUAAUAAAUCAGAUACACGUAUGUAUAUUAUAAGUAUACAUAUAUACAUAAAUUCAUCGGUAGUUUAACAUGUUUAUAUUGGAAUCAUAUGUAUAUGAUAUUAACAAGACUACUGCAACGCGAUUAAAUUUUCAUACUUUCAUUAUACAUACAUACAUAUUUAUAGAUAUAUUGUACGUGUGACGAUAUACAGCGGUAACAAUCGUAAUUCGUAAUCUGAUUACGUGAAUGAACUUUUUUUUAUUUAAACCAUGAAAUUAACCAGUGAUAACCCAGAAUGAGCACACUCAAUGUGGCGUUAUAUGAUAAUUGUUUAUUCUGUAAGCAUUAUUAUGCAUGUAUAUUUUAAAAGUAUACGUGAAUGGAAUAAAGAAAAGAACUUCUA